UGCUGGUUGUCGCCCGGUUCUAGGGGUUCGUUAAUAGCGGGAAGCAUGGGCCACAUUUUCGGCGGUUGGCCUCCACACUUUCCCUCCCACUUGGGUCCAAUGGAUCGCGCGAGAGGCAUGUUCAUUUUCAUUUAUUCCGCAGCCCGAUAUCUCAAAUAAUAUCGAAGCUAUAUAUUCGAAUCUUCCUUGGCCAUUGCGCUCAGCUGUCUCACACUCAGCUGCAUUCUCGAAAUGGCGUCGAAAAAUUCGUCCGCUAAGCAGCAGCAACAACUGCAAACGCAAUAUGGCAACUACAAAAACACUCUGCAGCAGCUCGCACAAAAGAUUGGCGAUGUCGAACAGGAAGCAGAGGAGCAUAAGCUUGUUCUAGAGACAUUGAACCCGCUACCAGGUGACCGUAAAUGCUUUCGCAUGAUCAACGGCGUAUUGGUGGAACGGACGGUGCAAGAUGUGAUUCCCGCACUGAAGACGAACGCGGAGGGUUUGAAGCAAGUCUUGGACGAGCUGGUCAAACAAUACAAAACGAAGCAGGACGACCUUGAAAAGUGGAAGAAGAAGAACAACGUCCAGAUCGUGCAAAAUUGAGCUUCAUUGGCAGUACAUUUCCAUGCUGCGUCUAAGGCGAGAGUAAUGACACGAGUUUGGCAAGGACGAGUAAGGCCAAAACACUACUCGAGGUAUGCAUUCAUGAUAAUGCUAUCAAAGGCUCUGUGAGUUGUCAACCA